GCCAUUUUCGACAGUGGUGUUUGGGUUUCCCUUGACACGGAAAAUUGGGUUGCUUUCUUUUGGAUCUCCUCCGCAACUUCUCGAAACCGAGACGUUAAGAAGUUCAUUUGUAAGAAGAUGAUGGAAGAGAGUGGAAUCGAGACAACUCCCCCCACUACCCCACCUCCCCCAUCCAGCAUGGUGGUUAGCCCACCACCUCUAUCAGUUGGCCUGACGAGUCCAAUUACACUUCCCAGCACGACAGGAAUGUCUUCGUUUGCCCCGGAGGGCUUUUCUACCCCAGUUCCCCCUGCCGUGUCAACGUCAGCCCCCCCUAUCAGAUCCUCUGCGCCACCCCCUUUCGGGAGCCCCCAGGGCCUCAUGUCCUCUACCACCCACGUCACCCCACCUACAGGGAUCCCUUUUGCCAGCCCUCUGUCAAACUUCUCUCCAUCUGCACCUCAUAUUGGAAAUGCUCCACCCCCACUCUCAACUGCCCCUCCCCCUGGCCCGCCUACGUCCGGCUUCACCACAAGCGCUUCUUAUGACAUCACAAGGGGUCACGCUGGGCGCACGCCGCAGACGCCGCUGUUGCCAAGCUUCUCCACGGCUGCUCCAGUCCCAGGGGUAAUGACCAACCCUUUGGUGCAGCAGCCUGUAAUGUCAAGUGGCUUGGAAGUGGGGUCCUCAAUCACCUUUCCAGAGGAUCAUGAGGACCCCCAGGCCAACAUGAACAGCAAUGCAGGUGGAUUAUGGGGUUUUAUUAAGGGUGUGGCAGGGAAUCCCAUGGUGAAGACUGUCCUGGACAAAACCAAGCACUCAGUGGAGUCCAUGAUCACCACUCUGGACCCUGGCAUGGCACCGUACAUCAGAUCCGGAGGUGACCUGGACAUUGUAGUGACCUCCAACAAGGAAGUGAAGGUCGCAGCGGUGCGUGAUGCCUUCCAGGAGGUGUUUGGCUUGGCUAUGGUGACGGGAGAGGCGGGGCAGUCCAACAUCGCCCCGCAACCAGUGGGAUACGCGGCUGGAGUGAAGGGUGCUCAGGAGCGGAUCGACAGCCUGCGGCGAGCUGGCAUCAUCCACGAGAAACAGCCCGUUGUCUCGGUGGAAAACUUCAUCGCAGAGCUUUUCUCUGACAAGUGGUUCGACAUCGGCUGCCUCAUCCUUGAGGACCCUGGAAAUGGAAUCCACAUUGAGACGUUCACGCAGGCCACACCGGUGCCGUUAGAACGUGUCCAGCAGGCACAGGCACUCACCCCUCCAGAUUACAGCCUGCGCUGGUCAGGCCUGCAGAUCACAGUGGGUGAGGUACUAGAGGGUAGCCUCCCUCACGUGAGCCGGACUGACUGGCACCUGGCGUUCACGGGCAUGUCCCGCCAGAAGAUGAUCUACAGCGCUGCCAAGGCCCUGGCUGGCAUGUACAAACAGCAGCUUCCCCCCAGGACCGUGUGAUACCGCCACAAGCCUGGGUGUAAGGGUGGAGCGGAGCAGAGCCAUCUCACCUGCUCAGCCAAUCCCCUCGGUCUCAGCGCACAAGCCAAACAUACUACUUUUAUGUUUUUAAUCAUGUUGGGGUAUGUAGACAUUCCAACGUGUUUUAAAGCAUUCAUGAAAGAAACAGCUCCUGUAUAUUGAAGAUGUUUUCUAAGAUGAACAUGUAAAGAAAAGUUAAGGAGUGCCCUUGAAAAUCUUAAUGUUUUAUAAUUCUUAUUAAGACCUAUGAGAAUUGUAAGUUGCAUUUUCUCAUUAUAUUCUACUGAGACCAUUUCAAUUGUUAUAUGACUUAUGAUGUAAAAGACUGCUGCAUUAAGUUGGAGAGGAAACCCUUCAGACAAGAAGGUCAUAGGUAGCCCGUUUAUCCUGAUGGGUGUUUUUGCUAGGAAUUCACAUACUGAGUCCUGAGCAGUGCAAGAAACCCUGGCCAGUGUAAAACGUGUCUGUCUCUCUAAACUACUCUUUAUGAAGUAUCUCUGGUUGCGUAAUUUGUUCUGAAACAUGUAUAGCAUGAAGUGCAGUGUGCACAAAACAGCUUUAAAUGUUUUGCGUUUUGUACAUUGUGUGUACGAUUUUUUUUUUUUUUUUUUUUUUUUUUU